AUGCUCCAUCAAUCGCAUCAACGCUGGAUCAACUGUUGGUGGCCCUCAAGGCUUCCUGUCCCCGUUGUGGCCACGACGGGGCCAUCUCUAGUGGCCAGGGCCGAUGGCCCUGUACCUCAGGCAGGAGCCCCUAAGGCAGGAGCCCCUAAGGUAGGAGCCCCUAAGGUGGACGCCCCUAAGGCAGGAGCCCCUAAGGUAGGAGCCCCUAAGGUGGACGCCCCUAAGGUAGGAGCCCCUAAGGCAGGAGCCCCUAAGGCAGAAGCCCCUAAGGCAGAAGCCCCUAAGGUAGGAGCCCCUAAGGUAGGAGCCCCUAAGGUAGGAGCCCCUAAGGUAGGAGCCCCUAAGGCAGAAGCCCCUAAGGCAGAAGCCCCUAAGGCAGAAGCCCCUAAGGCAGAAGCCCCUAAGGCAGGAGCCCCUAAGGUAGGAGCCCCUAAGGUAGGAGCCCCUAAGGUAGGAGCCCCUAAGAUGUGUUAG